ACCUGCUAGGCUGAAAUCUGACACUGACAGAGAGUCCCUGGGAGCUGCUGCUGAAAGCUAAACCGCGAACCAGGAAAUGCACAAGCCUCUUUACGUACAAAAACAGCUGGGCUCCCUCGGAGACAGAGCACCAUGGGAAACCGGCUCUGCUGUGGGGGAAGCUGGAGCUGCCCAUCAGCUUUCCAGAGGCAAAAAAAAACAGGGAGCCAAGCAAGACAAACACUGAAGCAGCAGCAGCAGCAGCAGAAUGGUGCAAAGGGCCAUGACACAACAGGACAUACGUCCAAGCGGGUGUUAGGGCAGCCUGCGUCUCAGGAGAGGAGUCAAAGCCUCAGGUCGGAGGACAGCAGCUUACAUUACGCAGACAUUCAAGUGUGCAGCCGUACCCAGCCACGCUCUACCCGGGAGGUGAAGCAUCUGCAGUUAGAAAACGCUACAGAGUAUGCGACUCUUCGCUUCCCCCAGGCCACACCCCGCUAUGACAGCAAGAACGGGACCCUAGUGUGAGCCUUGAGGGGGGGAUCGUUUUCGUCAUCUCACCACUACUCCUGUGGGGAGAAUCUACUGCUUUGGGAAGUUGGCUGGCAGCCCACAGGAUGGCGGCCAUGUUUUAAGCUUAAAGAACUCCAGAGCCCCUGAAAUUGUGUGUCCCCAGUAUCGCUCUCUCCCCUAGGCCUAUCUCUUAUUUGCCACCGUUAGCUUGGAGUUGUAUUUGGGUUAGCUAGGGGUGGAAGAAGUUCCACAAAAUGAGGGGGCUAGGUUGAGUGUCCAGGAAAGUAGGUUUUUGACCCCUACUUUUGCUCCGGCUCUCAAAAAAUAGUUCAGAAAGAACAGGUUACCCCUUAAGCACUUGAGCUGAUUUUGUUGGACUUAAUUUAAUCCCUUUUACACACCUAAAACUCCAAAGAUGCUCUGGAAAAGCAUUCUGUGCUCUUGUACACAGCCUCCAGGGCUGGCGUGGGCAAUUUCCUCAGUGGCUGGGUCAGGGGUCCCAGACCUAAAUGAAGGAGGGCAGGGGCUGAGGCAUGGAGGAAGCGUUCUUCGAUCCAUCGGUUACAAGGCCUUCAAGUCACCGAUACUGACAGCACAGCGUGGGCCGGAAGCUCUCCUUGGCUGGAAUGUUGGCUCUCGCAAAUGCGGAGCUGCUAGGAUCAAUAAAUAGAGGAAGGAA